CCACGUAAUGAUAAUACCACAUACACACAAUAAGUACCUACCUAACUAGACAAUUGCAAGAAUAAAGUGAAUUUAGAAGAAACUCCCUUGAACUGGUAAUUAUAGAAAUUCCAAUAUGGGUCUCACCAUAUCUGCAGUAUUCAAUAGGUUGUUUAGCAAAAAACCUAUGAGGAUUCUGAUGGUAGGCUUAGAUGCAGCUGGGAAAACUACAAUAUUGUAUAAGCUGAAACUAGGCGAAAUUGUAACCACAAUACCAACUAUCGGUUUCAACGUUGAAACAGUAGAAUACAAAAAUAUAUCAUUUACAGUUUGGGAUGUAGGUGGACAGACCAAAAUCCGAAAAUUGUGGAGGCACUACUUUGCAAAUACAGAUGGACUGAUUUUUGUAGUUGAUUCUAAUGAUAGAGAUCGCAUAGUGGAGGCUGAGCAAGAAUUGCACAAUAUGUUGAGUGAAGAAGACUUGAAAGACUCAAUUUUGCUCAUUUUUGCCAAUAAACAGGAUUUGCCAAACUCCAUGUCCACAGCUGAGUUGACUGACAAAUUGAAGCUUCACACCUUGAAGAACAGGAAGUGGUAUAUCCAGGCAACCUGUGCAACACAAGGGAAUGGAUUGUAUGAAGGACUGGACUGGUUGUCCAAUGAAUUGGCAAAAUGAGAGUACUGUUUAUUUGGAGGUUUAUAUAUUAUUGAUUUGUGAAUUUAUGAAGACUAUCAUCACCAAAAUAUAUUGAUUAAUUCCUUGUAGAACUGAUGUUUCAUAUUUGAUAGUUAAUGAAAAAGUUAUUGAUAUGAUUUUAUCUUAUGUAUGUGUAUAAAGUUAUUUAAUAAAAGAAGUCCAAUACA